AUGACAUACACCCCAAUCUGUCGCCUGGCCGUGACAUUCACCCCAAUCUGUCACCAGACCGUGACAUACACCAAAAUCUGUCACCUGGCCAUGACACAUAGUCCCAAUCUGUCACCAGGCCGUGUUAUACACCACAAUCUGUCACCAGGCCGUGACAUACACCCUAAUCUGUCACCAGGUCGUGACAUACACCCCAAUCUGUCGCCUGGCCGUGACAUACACCCUGAUCUGUCACCAGGCCGUGUUAUACACCACAAUCUGUCACCAGGCCGUGACAUACACCCUAAUCUGUCACCAGGUCGUGACAUACACCCCAAUCUGUCGCCUGGCCGUGACAUACACCCCGAUCUGUCACUACCAGGCCAUGACAUACACACCAAUCUGUCACCAGGCCAUGACAUUCACCCCAGUCUGUCACCAGACCGUGACAUACACCCCAAUAUGUCACCAGGCCGUGACAUCCAACCUAAUCUGUCACAAGGCCGUGACACACACCCCAAUCUGUCACUACAUGGCCGUGAUAUACACACCCCAAUCUGUCACCAAACUGUGACACACACCCCAAUCUGUCACCAGGCCAUGACAUACACACCAAUCUGUCGCCUGGCCGUGACAUUCACCCCAAUCUGUCACCAGACCGUGACAUACACCAAAAUCUGUCACCUGGCCGUGACACAUAUUCCCAAUCUGUCACCAGGCCGUGUUAUACACCACAAUCUGGCACCAGGCCGUGACAUACACCCUAAUCUGUCACCAGGUCGUGACAUACACCCCAAUCUGUCGCCUGGCCGUGACAUACACCCUGAUCUGUCACCAGGCCGUGUUAUACACCACAAUCUGUCACCAGGCCGUGACAUACACCCUAAUCUGUCACCAGGUCGUGACAUACACCCCAAUCUGUCGCCUGGCCGUGACAUACACCCCGAUCUGUCACUACCAGGCCAUGACAUACACCCCAAUCUGUCACCAGGCCAUGACAUUCACCCCAGUCUGUCACCAGACCGUGACAUACACCCCAAUAUGUCACCAGGCCGUGACAUACAACCUAAUCUGUCACAAGGCCGCGACACACACCCCAAUCUGUCACUACAUGGCCGUGAUAUACACACCCCAAUCUGUCACCAAACUGUGACACACACCCCAAUCUGUCACCAGGCCAUGACAUACACACCAAUCUGUCGCCUGGCCGUGACAUUCACCCCAAUCUGUCACCAGACCGUGACAUACACCAAAAUCUGUCACCUGGCCGUGACACAUAUUCCCAAUCUGUCACCAGGCCGUGUUAUACACCACAAUCUGGCACCAGGCCGUGACAUACACCCUAAUCUGUCACCAGGUCGUGACAUACACCCCAAUCUGUCGCCUGGCCGUGACAUACACCCUGAUCUGUCACCAGGCCGUGUUAUACACCACAAUCUGUCACCAGGCCGUGACAUACACCCUAAUCUGUCACCAGGUCGUGACAUACACCCCAAUCUGUCGCCUGGCCGUGACAUACACCCCGAUCUGUCACUACCAGGCCAUGACAUACACCCCAAUCUGUCACCAGGCCAUGACAUUCACCCCAGUCUGUCACCAGACCGUGACAUACACCCCAAUAUGUCACCAGGCCGUGACAUACAACCUAAUCUGUCACAAGGCCGCGACACACACCCCAAUCUGUCACUACAUGGCCGUGAUAUACACACCCCAAUCUGUCACCAAACUGUAACACACACCCCAAUCUGUCACCAGGCCAUGACAUACACCCCAAUCUGUCGCCUGGCCGUGACAUACACCCCAAUCUGUCACCAGGCCGUGACAUACACCCCAAUCUAUCACCAGGCCGUGACACACACAUCCCUAUUUAUCACCAGACCGUGA